AACUUCCUCAACAAUUUCCAAACUGCCAAAGAAGCUUUGAGCACAGCCACAGUCCAGGCUGCAGAAAGAGCUGCUUCCAGCAUGAAGGACUUGGCUCAGAAGAGUUUCCGCCUUUUGAUGGAUAUCAACCUGAAAGCACCAGUUAUUAUCAUUCCUCAGUCUUCAGUAUCACCUAAUGCUGUUAUAGCUGAUCUGGGUUUAAUCAGAGUUGAAAACAAAUUUAGCUUAGUUCCUAUGGAACAUUAUUCUCUUCCUCCAGUUGUUGACAAAAUGAACAUCCAACUUACUCAGUUGAAGCUGUCCAGAACUGUUUUGCAGACUGGCUUGCCACAACAUGACAUUGAAAUUUUAAAACCAGUCAACAUGCUUUUGUCCAUACAGCGAAAUUUAGCAGCAACAUGGUACAAGCAAAUUCCAGGGAUGGAGAUAAAAGGAAAACUAAAACCUAUGCAGAUUGUGUGGUUAUAGGUUUGUUGAAAGCAAAAGAAAACCUAAAUGAGUAC